AUGCGCAGCCGUCGGUGGGAGUCCACUGCACACGGCGACUGUGGCUCGCUGAUCCUACUUAAUCCCUAUGUCCUAGCCGACAGCACAACCGUAAAGCUGCCGACAGGCAGGGUGGACGCGGUGCUUCCAACCAGAGCACAGGGACCAUCAUCGUUGCGCCCGCCACUGUCGUUUGCCUUGAUCUGCAUGGUGUCCAUGAGGGAGCCCUUGCUUCUCAUGAGACGCUACUUCAUGAAAUGGAGGCGUUUUGCCAAUGAGUGUGAUAUAUUUUUCAGUCUUAAGGGUAUCAGGGCUAGGGCCGUUGGUGAGUUUACACUAAAAGUCUUCUACAAGUGGUUCCUGUUCGCACGUCGCGCCGUGACAGUGCGGUCACUGCGGAGCCGUGUCGAUAGGCAGAAUUCUUUAUUCCUGGCACGUCGGUAUUUGAGGCUGUGGAGGCUGGCUCCGCAGUUUCGGCAGAGACGGGCACUUCAGCUGAUGGUGCUGCAUAGAAUUCGGAAGGAGGCAGAAUUGCACACCUCGAAGCAGCACUACAACAGGUGGCAAAUGGUCGUGAGGUCACGUCGAGUGCUGCGCCAGAAGGUGGCAACUCUGUCUGCAUGCCAUACCACCCGUUUGCUGCAGCGCUACUACUAUGCGUGGAAGCGUCAAAGACGCCGGGUGCUCCAGGCCACGCAACUGAAGCUUAUUCGCUAUGCGGCUCAGCGUACUCUGGCUCGACGCACUCUGCAAAAGUGGUUCUUUUUUGUUUCCCGCCGUAUCAUGGUUUCUCAUAUGGAACGGCUCACUCUUGAGCAUUUCGUGUACAGGUUUUUGGUGCGGUGGCGGCGGUAUGCGCACAUAUGCAAGUCGCUUCGAUGCAUUGGACACAGCUCCUACUGGCGGGUAGCACGUCGCACCUUUCACAAGUGGAAGUUGUGGCUUGUCCGUAUAGUAUUGGCACUGCAACUUGAACAGCGAAAUGCGGUAUUUCUCCUGCAGCCGUAUUUCCUGCGUUGGGUGCUGCUGCGCCGAAUGCGUCGUUUAGAAUACGACUUGUUUGUUUCCUCAGCAUUGAGCCAGUGCGACUUGUAG